AUGGAGACACUUCCACCCUCCGCCACCGAGAGCCGCCAUCUCCCCCACGCCCGCAACCCCGCCAAAUCCUCCUCCGACCCGUGGGAGUCGCGCCGGCACCUGAUCCGCGCCGUUGCCAAGAAGCUCGCCGCGGCCGACGACCCGCUGACCUGCCGGCGCCUGGGCUUCGCGUGCGCCCUCGACGGGGGUCUCGCGGCCGACGCCGAGACGCCGUGUCCCGCGCGGGCCGGCAAGCACGCCAGCGUGCGCACGCACCACUUUGAGGCCCAACUGCAGGGCCGGGGGGCGGCCAGCGAGGAGAUGCUACCCGGCGGGCGGCGCGUCGCGGCGGCAGCCAGCGCCACCUCGCAUCGGCACCGCCGCCCGUUCAAGCGCGACCGCCGCUACUACACCCCGGCCGAGCUCGACGACGACGUGCGGCUCGCCAAGAGCAGCGCGGUGGUGGUGCGCAUGCCCGACAACCGCCGGGCGGUGCGGACGGAGGCAGCGCACGAGGUGGCGGACAGGGCGCAGGUCGCCGCGCUGUACGAAACGGGCCUGCUGUACCGGGAUGCCAGCCCGCGCGACCGCCGGCUGACGCUCGACAACAUCCCGCACGACGAGCCAAUGUACGUGGUGCGCACGGCCAAGCCGCGGCUGCGGAAGCACGGCCAAGACGCGCUGGGCGGCGGCGGCGGUCUGCAUCUGUCCUUUUCGGACCUGGGCGACGAGGAGAGCCUCGUGCAGUACGUCAUGGCGCUGACGGCGUCCGAGGCGGAUGCGGCCGGCGCCAGCUCGACGCUCAGCUCGCCGACGCUGCGUGCGAUGCAGGAAAUGGACGAUGCUUCGUUGGAGACGUGGGUGGUGCUCGACCGCGAGAGCCUCUGA